AUGCUUAUAUCUCUGUCUGCCAAAAAUAAUUUGGGAAUAAUUAAUGGACGUAGCCCUAAACCUGAGGAGAAUUCACCUUACUAUCCCUAUUGGGAGAGGUGCAACAAUAUGGUAAUUGCUUGGAUAACUAACUCCCUCUCUAGAAAUAUUGCACAUAGUGUGUUGGGUUAUGACACUACUGAAGAAAUCUGGGCAGAUAUCAAUGAUAGAUUUGGUCAAUCGAAUGGAUCAAUGUUUAUUCAAAUUCAAAGAGAGAUUGGGUCUAUUUCUCAGGGUAACCUAUACAUAGCUUCUUAUUUUACCAAAAUGCGCAGUCUCUGGGAUGAGAUGCGUACUGCAUAUGUAGGUCCUGUUUGUUCCUGUGGUGCAUUACCAAAAUUUUUAGAAGAGUUAAAACUUUUCCAAUUUCUAGCUGGACUGAAUGAGUCCUACUCCACAGUUAAAAGUCACAUUAUGAUGAUGUCUCCUUUACCAUCUGUAAGCAAAGCAUAUUCAAUGCUGCAGCAUGAUGAAAAACAGAGGGAAAACUUCCCACCCAUAGGUUUUUCAACAGAUUCAGCCUCUUUUUCUGCAUCUUCUUCUUCCACUCCUGCAUCUCAUGGUGGAUACAGACCUGGUGGUCAGAAAAAAUCCAAAUUCCCUAGUGGUUCAACUGGUAAUCAAAAGUCAUUCCCACAAAGAGUACAAUUCCCAUCUAGUUCACCUAGCUCCACUUUAAUGUGUAGAUAUUGUAAGAGGUCAGGGCACACUAUAGAGAAAUGUCAUAGACUUCAUGGGUAUCCAGAUGACUUCGAGUUCAAUAACAACCGUAGGAAAACUGCCUCUUGUGUUCAAGUGGACAAUCCUGCUUCUCCAUCAUCUUUUCAAGAGUCAUCUUCUGGUGGUAUGUCCAUUCAUGGGUUGACACUAGAGCAACAUCAUGAUCUCAUCCAACACAUACAACAUACUCAUGUCACACCCAAUACCACAAAUGGUGAGAUGUCUGGUGCCCCACAUGGAUAUGCCCAUUUUGCAGGUUUGUUUUGCAGUUCUGUUCUUAAUUCUGUGGAUUUUAAAUUUUGUGCUUUAUCUCAAAUCAGUGUUGACACUUGGAUAUUAGACUCAGGAGCUACCAACCACAUGACCCCUCACAAACACCUUCUCCAAAAUAUUCUUCCCUUACCUAAACUAGUCUUAAUUAUUUUACCUAAUAGGUAUAAAGUUAAAAUAGUAUCUACAGGUUCCUUACAUCUAAGACCUGACAUCACCCUAUUAAAUGUCCUGCUUGUUCCUUCUUUCCAAUUUAAUUUGAUUUCCAUUUACCAGUUACUUGUUCAGCUCCAUUGUCAUGCAUUACUUACUACUUCCAAUAUUUUCAUACAGGGCCCUUCUCUGAAGAGGCCAUUGGCAAUUGGUAAGGCUGACAAUGGGUUGUAUUUUCUGGACCUCACCUCAUCUUCUUCACUUUAA